UAUAUAUACCUCCACCACCGUAACCCAACCCCUACAAACUCUUUCUCCUCCUCUGUUUCUUCUCAUUCUCAAACUUCUUCAUCUUCUACAUAAAAUUAAGCUCAACUUCACGCAUCACCUUAAUGGCAAAGCUUUACUUCCAUAUUUUCUUCCUAAUUCUUUCUAAUUCAUUAAUUGAAGAUGUGUAUUCAACAGCCACAUUCACAUUCGUAAACAAAUGCAAGUUCACUGUGUGGCCAGGCAUUUUGUCAAACGCCGGAAUCUCGCCGCUCUCCACCACCGGCUUCGCGCUAAACACCGGCGAAUCCAGAAUCAUCAAUGCGCCGACCGCCUGGGGCGGCCGAUUUUGGGGGCGGACGCACUGUUCCGAAGAUUCGACCGGAAAAUUCUCCUGCGCCACCGGCGAUUGCGGCUCCGGCAAGCUCGAAUGCGCCGGCGGUGGCGCCGUCACGCCGGUGACGCUCGCCGAAUUCACCCUCGACGGCGACGCCGGGAAGGAUUUCUACGACCUCAGCCUCGUCGACGGCUUCAACCUGCCGAUGCUGGUGGCGCCGCAGGGAGGCUCCGGCGUCAACUGCAGCAGGGCGGAGUGCGUGGCCGAUCUGAACGGCGAGUGCGCGCCGGAGCUGCGCGUGACGAGCGCGGGCGGGGAGCGAGUGGCGUGCAGGAGCGCGUGCGACGCGUUCCGGAGCGAGGAGUACUGCUGCAGCGGCGCGUACGGCAAACCGGCCGCGUGCAAGCCAUCGAAGUACGCGGAGACGUUCAAGCGCGCGUGCCCGCAGGCAUACAGCUACGCGUAUGACGAUCUCACCAGCACCUUCACCUGCAUCGGCGCCGACUACAUCAUCACCUUCUGCCCCUCCCCCAACACCAGUAGAAAAUCUACAUCCGGAUCGGGCGGCGGGCAGAACCCGGUAUCGGUGGCGGGCGGCAGUAACACACCAUUCGACGGCAACAUGGUGUACGAAGGUGCGCUGGACGUGAGCUCUGCAGCGUCCACGUGUGCGCACGUGGUGGGCGGAGGCGUCGCCGUCGUGGCGGCAAUGUGGCGGUUGAGCCAACUAUACUAAAUCAUUUCUUUUGCGAGUAGGCCAGUUUCCGAAAACGGGUAUGGGCCGGGCCGGGCCGGGGCGAGUCGUGAUCAUGCGUGUGGCCCAUUUGACGAGGCGCUGAGUCACCUCAUUCGAUGUUGGAAAUUCUUAAAACGAAAUUAAAUUGAAAACAAUUAGUUUAGUGUUAGAAAAGCUCACCACAGAGGGAUUGUUUCCACACGAUUUGGUGGUUGGGGCGAUGUUUUUAGGAUUUAUUAUUGAAAUUGGGGGGGUUAGUGAUUGGUAUUCAUUUGGCAUAUUGGGAAAAUAGUUUAAAAAUCAAGAUAUUAUAUAUAAAGAUAUUUGUAGUGUUCAGAUUUUUAUAA